CAAACCCAAGUUUUUUGAGGCAAACACAAUCAGAAAACAGAAGCAGCAAUGGAGUUGAGUUGCAAAAGCAUCGUAAUCAUUUUCCUCGUACUUAUGAUAGCAGCAGUAGAAAUCUCAGAAUCAGUGUGAGAAUCAGAAGCAGAAGAAAACAGCAUCAUAUAACGAUUCCUAAAAAAUCUCAAAAUUUCUCUUCAUACAUUGAGAGAAGACGCCUCUUUCCUUGGCUGUAACUAGAGCAAUUGCAAUAACAAUAUCAUGUUGUCAAUGAACAAAACAUCUCCAAGGUUUUGGGGCAUCAAUUUCCUUCCUCACAGUACUCUUCAACGUCUCUAUAUGCCAUUCAAAACCCCCACUGUGCAAACCGCGUCUCCUGCCGCCAUAUUAAAAGAUUCACAAAGCCUCACCAAACUCCCUGUAUCCUAUUCAAACCUCUUAUCACAAUGUGUUGCUGCAAAGUCGCUAACUUCAGGUAUGAAACUCCAUGCCCACUUGAUCAAGUUUGGGUUUUCCCGCCAUCCAGGUCUCAGAAAUUACCUGGUAACUCUCUAUUCCAAGUGUUGUCGUUUUAGGUAUGCCCGCAAGCUGGUUGAUGAAAGUUUUGAGCCAGAUGUGGUUUCUUGGUCUUCGUUGCUAUCUGGGUAUGUGCAAAAUGGGUUUGUGGAGGAGGCACUGUUGGUGUUUAAUGAGAUGUUCUUGUUGGGUGUUAAGUGCAAUGAGUAUACCUUCCCAAGUGUGCUUAAGGCAUGCUCGAUGAAGAGAGAUUUGAACAUGGGGAGGAAGGUUCAUGGGAUGGCUGUGGUCACGGGGUUCGAGUCUGAUGGGUUUGUUGGUAACACUUUGGUUGUUAUGUAUGCUAAGUGUGGGUUGCUAGAUGAUUCUAAGAGGUUAUUUGGAGGAAUUGUGGAGCAAAAUGUUGUUUCAUGGAAUGCCUUGUUCUCUUGUUAUGAGCAAAGUGAGCUGAGAGGGUUGCAGGAUGGUGGUCUAGGAAGGACGCUUCAUGGACUUAUGCUGAAGAUGGGGCUUGAUUUGGAUCAGUUUUCCGCAAAUGCGUUAGUUGACACGUAUUCUAAAGCGCGGGAGAUUGAAGGUGCGGUUGCUGUUUUUCAGGAAAUUGCACACCCUGAUGUUGUUUCUUGGAAUGCAGUUAUCGCUGGUUGUGUUCUUCACGAUCGUAAUGAUUUGGCUUUAAUGAUGUUGGAUGAGAUGAAUAGCUCAGGAACUUCUCCCAAUAUGUUUACACUUUCGAGUGCUUUAAAGGCUUGUGCUGCAAUGAGGUUCAAGGAACUGGGUAAACAGUUACAUUCUUGUUUGAUAAAGAGGGUUGCUGAUUCAGAUUUGUAUGCUUCUGUUGGACUCAUAGAUAUGUAUUCCAAGUGUGAAAUGAUGGAUGAUGCGAGAAGAGCUUACGAUUCGAUGCCAAAGAAGGACGUUAUUGCAUGGAAUGCUUUGAUCUCUGGUUACUCACAGUGUGGGGAUGACUUCGAAGCUGUCUCACUUUUUUCUAAAAUGUACAAUGAAGAUAUAGAUUUCAAUCAAACUACUAUUUCAACAGUUCUCAAAUCUGUGGCCAGCUUGCUGGCAAUUAAGGUUUGUAAGCAGAUUCAUUCAAUUUCCAUCAAAUCUGGAAUUUAUUCAGAUUUCUAUGUUAUAAACAGCCUUCUUGACACAUAUGGAAAAUGUAACCAUAUAGAUGAAGCUUCAAAAAUAUUUGAAGAGCGCACUUGGGAAGAUUUGGUGGCUUACACAUCCAUGAUAACAGCGUAUUCUCAAUAUGGCGAUGGGGAGGAGGCUUUAAAGCUAUAUUUACAAAUGCAAGAUGCAGAUAUCAAGCCAGAUGCAUUUAUCUGCAGUUCUCUCUUAAAUGCAUGUGCAAAGUUGUCUGCAUAUGAGCAAGGGAAACAAUUACAUGUCCAUGCCAUCAAGUUUGGAUUUAUGUGUGAUAUUUUUGCCAGCAACUCUCUGGUUAAUAUGUAUGCAAAGUGUGGAAGCAUAGACGAUGCUGAUCGUGCCUUUUUUGAGAUACCAAACAGAGGAAUAGUCUCAUGGUCUGCAAUGAUUGGAGGAUAUGCUCAGCAUGGCCAUGGCAAACAGGCUCUUCAGUUGUUCAAUCAAAUGCUUAGAGUUGGUGUGCCUCCCAACCAUAUUACUCUAGUUAGUGUUCUUUGUGCAUGUAAUCAUGCUGGUUUGGUAAACGAGGGAAGGCAAUAUUUCGAAAAAAUGGAGGAAAUGUUUGGUAUUAAACCCACACAAGAGCAUUAUGCUUGUAUGAUUGAUCUCCUUGGACGAUCUGGGAAAUUAAAUGAAGCAGUGGAGCUUGUAAAUUCCAUUCCUUUUGAGGCCAAUGGCUCAGUUUGGGGGGCACUUCUAGGAGCUGCGAGAAUCCAUAAAAAUAUAGAACUUGGUCAGAAAGCUGCAGAGAUGCUUUAUGAUCUAGAGCCAGAUAAAUCUGGUACUCACGUUCUCCUUGCAAACAUCUAUGCCUCUGCAGGGAUGUGGGAAAAUGUUGCUAAGGUUAGAAAGGUAAUGAAAGACAGCAAGGUGAAGAAGGAACCCGGAAUGAGUUGGAUUGAGAUCAAAGACAAGGUAUACACUUUCAUCGUUGGAGACAGGAGUCAUUCUAGAAGUGAUGAAAUAUAUGCUAAAUUGGAUCAGUUGGGUGACCUUCUAAGUAAGGCUGGAUAUAGUCCCGUUGUAGAGAUUGAUAUACAUAAUGUGAACAGAAGUGAAAAGGAGAAACUCUUAUAUCACCACAGUGAGAAACUUGCUGUGGCCUUUGGAUUAAUUGCUAUGCCACCCGGUGCCCCAAUAAGGGUGAAAAAGAAUAUACGAAUUUGUGUUGACUGCCACACCUUUCUCAAAUUUGUAUGUAAAAUUGUCUCAAGGGAAAUUAUUGUUAGAGAUAUUAAUAGAUUCCACCAUUUUAAAGAUGGCUCAUGUUCAUGUGGUGAUUACUGGUAAUAUCAUCAUCCUCCAUUCUUUCAGUUUCACAAGAUACGUAGAUUCUUUAUCUUUACUACUGCAACUGUUUCAUGACUAUAGUCACUAUUGAAAAACACACUGAUGGCAUAAUUACUCAGAAGUCAAAUAUCCAAUUUACUGGAGGUUCAUUAUUAUUUCCCUAUAUUUUCACUGGAUUAAUGUUGGAGAUUGUAAGGAAAAGAGAAGAGAGAUGAAAGACAUUGGUUAAUAAGACAGGAUUCGGUUUCUGCUGAA